AUGGAUAAAGAACUAAUAGCCAAGAGACUUAAGGAAGCUGAAUAACAAAGGAAGCAGGAGUCUGAAUUUGAUUAGUAUCAACACCAAGCCAAUAUUCAGCCAGAAGCUGAAUCACAUCAGAGAGAGAAGGGCCAUAUAUCAAAGAAAAUGACUGACUCUCCCUCUCACCACGAAAACAGGCAAAUAUUCCACAAAGAGCAUCAUAAACCCAUUGAAAGUGUGAUCAAGAACAUCGAGAAGAAGAAAUCUGAGAAAGAGUACGAAAUAUUGACUCCUUCUUUUAAAUGA